AUGUCCGACGACGCGGGAUACUUCAAAAAGACAUCAGAGGCCAUUGCGAGCGCCGGUGCAUCGGUGGCCGGCGCAGUUUCGGGCAGUCUCAGCCUCGGGGCCAAUGCCAGCCACAAGAAAACCACCACCACAAAGACAAGAGUCCCCUUGGACCCCUCGGCCCAGCAGCCUCAGAUCAUGAACGGGGCAGGGCAACCACCGCAGGGACGCAUCACUACGGGAGGUGUCGGUGAGCAGAAGAGGCUCACGCAGAAAGAAGCCGAUGCUUUGUACUCGGAGAGAAUGGAGGAUGAAUAUGCGAAGCGUGAGGGAGGAGCAUGA